AUGUCGGCAGAGGGACGCAAACCGGAUGUUCCAACAAAAUCCAAGCUGAAAAAGGAUCCCGGAGUGCCUCGACUACCUAGUCUGAAAGUAAGGAAUGCCGAGAAGAUACGGGCGCAUAUACACCCAGGGCCCCAUACUACCGAUCCGGAUGCGGUCAUGGCUUCAGAGCCUACACUGUCGUCACUUGCCAUGUUGGCGGAGUCCUCGACACCUGCUGAGAACGACUUAUUUGAUCCCUCAUCUUCUGCCAUCGGUGUAGCGAAAACAAGGGAGCAACUGCGUCGCCACUACGUUCGUGCGCUGCACAAAGUGAUCGACGACAGCGAUAUUAUCGUACUAGUUCUCGACGCGCGUGAUCCCGAAGGCUGCAGGAGUAGAUUAGUUGAAGAGGAGGUUCGUCGGCGGGAGAGUGAGGGCAAGAAGCUCGUCUUUGUGCUGAACAAAAUCGAUCUCGUUCCACGCGACAAUGCGCAGGCAUGGUUGCGAUACCUUCGCCACACGACGCCUACUUUACCCUUCCGAUCCGCGGCGAACCAUCACCGCACUAAGCUGUCGUCUUCCACAGCCCCCGCACUGGUUCGUCUUCUCAAAGCUUACAAGCCCAGUGCAGCGCAAAGCGUAACGGUGGGCGUCGUCGGGUAUCCCAAUGUCGGCAAAAGUAGCCUCAUCAAUACCCUCAAACGGUCGAAGGUUUGUGCUGUUGCUGCACAGCCCGGUCACACGAAGGAUUUGCAGACAAUACAGCUUGAACGGGGCCUUCGCGUCCUCGAUUCUCCAGGUGUCGUCUUUGACGAAGACGAUUUCGACGAUGGAAAGUCCAACUCCAAGAGCAACAUCUUACUGCGUAAUGUCGUCAAAGUUGAAGACAUCGACGAUCCUAUUGCGCUAGUGGAAGAGAUUGUUAAUCGUACAGACCCGGCAACCUUGCAGAAGAUCUACAAUCUCCCUGAGAUUGGUUCGACACUGGAGUUUCUCACCAUGGUCGCUCUGACCACCGGCCGGCUACUUAAAGGGGGCACCCCCGACAUUCUUUCCGCAGCACGAACGAUAUUGACAGACUGGAAUCACCAAAAGAUCCCGUAUCAUUCCGAGCCUCCUACUGUGCAUCCAUCUUUAAUUCCUUCAACUGUACUCGAGAGUGGCGAGCGCACCGUUGCGGCCGGCGCGGAGAGUGUCGGACAAGCUCAGAUUCUGAAUGAGCUUUCCAAGCCAUUUACGUUGGAGGGGCUUUUCGGCGCUGCAGACGCCGGGGCAUUUGGAGGCAGCUCCGGCGUCGACGAGAUGGAAGUCGAGCGAGAGGAGAUGGGCGACGAGAUGGUGCAGGACGGGUAG